AGUUCCGCCAUCUCCAUUAUCUAUUUAUUUCUCCUCUAAAGUGAGGUGGUGUUUUGCGGUUGGGAAGAACGAAGGAAAAAAUACACGUCGCUGUAUUGCUAACCGCUUACAACUUGCGUGUGUGUCUGUGUGUGUGUUGUUGCUGUGACUCCGCCAUUGGGUCUCCCCCUCACUCGUCGGUGCAGUGACGAUCGCCGUUGUCGGCAUUUCCGCUGCCACCGCGUUUCUCCACGUUGCCUAAGCCUUCUCUGCAUCGCUUCAUUCGGCCGCUCCUCCCCACCUCAAAAAAGGGAGCGGAUCGGCGGCGUACGCAGCCACCGAAGAGCGAAAAAAAAAAACGGAAGGCAUCAAACGAACCCCUCCCCGAGCGUGCGAACGUGCUUUUCUCUUAUUUUUCUUCCCUUUUUCCCCCUUUGCAGGCCCCGCACGCGCAUUUCAGCACCGUCAAGAAUGGGCCAGAACGUGCCAAAGAACUCGGCGGGCAACAAGCCCGAUAAGUGGGAGCCGCCGGUAGCGCCAGAGAUCGGCAAGCGCAAGAAGAAGCGCGGACCCGAUGCCGCCACGCGCAUCCCGAAGGUGUACCCGAACCGUGCCUGCGUGCUGCGCAAGUACCGCCUGGAGCGGUGCAAGGACUACCUCCUUCUCGAGGAGGAGUUCCUGCGAACGAUCAACGCCCAGCGCGACGCCCAGUCGAACUUGGAGGAGGGUGCGAUGGGGCACUACGAGGCAGAGUUGAAGCGCGUGGAGGACAUACGCGGCACACCGUUGGAGGUGGCGACGCUCGAGGAGGCGGUGGACGACUCGCACGCGAUCGUCUCUAUCGCCGGCACUGAAUACUACGUGCCACUCAUGUCCUUCGUGGACAAGGAGCAGCUGGAGCUCGGGUGCAGUGUGCUCCUGCACGAUCGUCAGCACAGCAUCGUCGGUGUGUUGAAGGACGACGUCGACCCGCUUGUGAGCGUGAUGAAGGUGGACAAGGCGCCGGAGGACACCUACGCGGACAUUGGUGGGUUGGAGCAGCAAAUUCAAGAGAUCAAAGAGGCAGUGGAGUUUCCGCUGUCGCACCCGGAGCUGUACGACGAAAUCGGAAUCAAGCCACCGAAAGGCGUCAUCCUGUACGGUGUGCCCGGCACCGGCAAGACGCUGCUGGCGAAAGCCGUAGCGAACCGCACCAGCGCCACCUUUCUGCGUGUUGUCGGCUCCGAAUUGAUCCAGAAGUACUCGGGUGAGGGUCCGAAGCUGGUGCGGGAGCUGUUCCGUGUAGCGGAGGAGCACUCCCCUUCGAUUGUCUUCAUUGACGAGAUCGACGCGAUCGGGACGAAGCGGUACGACACGGACAGCAGCGGCACGAAGGAGGUGCAGCGCACGAUGCUCGAGCUGCUGACCCAGCUGGACGGCUUUGACAGCAACAAUGAUGUGAAGGUGAUUAUGGCCACCAACCGCAUUGACACGCUGGACCCGGCGCUGAUUCGCCCCGGCCGUAUUGACCGCAAAAUCGAGUUCCCUUUCCCGGAUGAGAAGACGAAGCGGCGCAUCUUUGAGAUCCACACCAGUCGCAUGUCGCUCGCCGACGACGUCGACAUCUCCGAGUUCAUCCACGCCAAGGAUGAGAUGAGUGGGGCGGACGUGAAGGCGAUUUGCACCGAGGCCGGCCUGCUGGCGCUGCGGGAGCGUCGCAUGAAGGUGUGCCAGGCGGACUUUAUCAAGGGAAAAGAGAACGUGCAAUACCGCAAAGACAAGUCCACCUUCUCCCGCUUCUACCUGUAG